GUAUUUGAUUCUGGUAUUGCACAAUCAACUUCAACGAGAUUGAUUUUUCGACUCAUAUUGUGAGGUUUUCUUUCAACAUGGAUUUCGAAAGCGAGUGCAAAAAGGAGGACAUGAUGAAAGAGUCCCGGCCGUCAUUCAUCGGAAUAGAAGAAGAAAAGGGAGAGGUUCCAAUAGCAGGGCAUGUGGAGGAACUACGCAAAGACUUCUCGGUCUGGUCACUUGGCUCAUUAUGCCUUUGCUUGAUGGCAACUUGGGAAGCACUGUCCAGUGUUGUAGCAGCAGCAUUAGCAAAUGGCGGAGCUCCAUGUCUUUUCUAUAACUACUGCAUUUCGUUGAUCGGGAGUUUGGCGAUAUCAUCAUCACUAGCUGAAAUUGCAUCCAUCUGGCCGACGGCUGGCGGACAAUAUCAUUUCGUCGCUGCUCUGGCCCCAAAAAGCCAGAUGAAGAUUGCAUCCUGGUUCACAGGUUGGAUCUCCAUCGGUGGACAAAUUGUUCUUACAGCAUCAGCGGCAUUUUCCGCAGGACUGCAAUUCCAAGGCCUUGUAACACUCAAUAAUCCAGAUAGCUAUGUGCCAACAAGAUGGCAGGGUAUGCUAUUCUACUGGUUGGUCCUUCUAUACUCUGCUGCUGUGAAUAUAUGGGGAUCGAAGAUACUUCCACACACAAACUUGGCGUCAGGCAUUCUACAUUUAGCCGGUCUCAUAGCAAUCAUGGCAGUACUCGGAGUAAUGGCACCCAAGCACGAUGCUCAUUUUGUCUUUACAGAGGUAACAAAUACCAGUGGCUGGGAAAGUGACGGAGUAUCAUGGCUUGUGGGUCUCUUGAGUGCUGUAUAUCCAUUCCUUGGUUAUGAUGCGGCUUGUCAUUUAGCAGAAGAGAUGCCACGACCUGCACGAGAUGUCCCAAUUGCUAUGGUCGGGAGCGUUGCUGUGAAUGGAAUGUUGGGACUUGGGUAUUGCAUCAUGCUGUUGUAUUCCCUUGGCGACUUAAAUGAACUACUUGCAUCCCCGACCGGCUUCCCAUUCAUGCAGCUAUAUCAAAACGUUACGAAUAAUACCGCUGGGGCAACCAUUAUGAUCAUGGCCGUCUGUUUUAUUGCCGUAGCUGCCAACGCGGCUGGUUGUACCUCAACCUCAAGAACAUAUUGGGCAUUUGCUCGGGAUUCCGCAACUCCAUAUUCGAGGUAUUUCGCUCACAUCAGCCCGACCACACAAGUACCUGUUCGGGCUAUUGUAGCCUUGACUAUAUUGGAAAUGCUGCUUGGUCUGAUAUACCUCGGGAAUAGUACUGCAUUCAAUGCCAUCGUAUCGAUGUCCGUUCUGGGAAUGUAUGCAUCCUAUCUUGUGCCAAUUGUCUACAUGAUAAUCUAUGGUAGAAAAAAUAUCAAGAGAAGCCAAUAUGGACCGUUUAGGUUAGGUGACACAUUGGGAUUGAUAGUCAAUGUCAUUGCUGUUGUUUGGCUUCUCGUGGCGAUAGUAUUCUGCACUUUUCCCAGUGUGCAGCCUGUCACCGCACAGAAUAUGAACUACAGCGUGGUUGUCAUGGGCGGAUGGUUGUUUUUUGGUGCGAUAUUCUAUUUCUGCUUUGGAAGACGGGAAUAUAAUGGACCUAUCGGAAUUAUUGAAAUGUAGAGGUGGUAGAAUUAUAGGAUCGA